UGUCGAAGCGUUUGCGGCUUUUUAGUUGAAAGUUAAUAAUAUUUUGGUGUAAAAGAUUUACAAUAACAACUAAUGUGUAGACUCAAAGUUUUAUAAAUGAAGAUGAACGCUACAAGCUUGUAUGUUUCUACGUGUCGUUUAAUAAUCUUAGCAGACCCGGCGGAUAAAAGUUCGUGGACAGAUUUGUUUCGUUUAGUUCCUUAUUUACGACAAUCGUUGUCUUGUACUGUCUGCGGUAAUUUAUUAAAAGAACCGUAUACGCCUACAAAUUCAAGUUGUCAACAUCAUGUUUGCAAGAAUUGCAAGGGCGGGAGAAAAAAAUUAAAACCAUCCUGCAGUUGGUGUAAGGAUUACGAUAAUUAUUCCGAAAACUUACAACUACGAAUACUACUUCAAUGUUAUAAAAAGCUUUGUGAAUAUUUUAUGGGCACCGAUACGUUCAAGACUUUAUUAGAAGAAGACGAAAUAGCGGCUGGUAUUAAUGGUGGGACUGUAGCUAGCUCAGGUUUGAUAGACUUAAUUCAAGAAGCUGCCAGAUUCGAUGAUGAUUUUAAAUGUAACGCAGGACUUUCCAAAUCUGCCUAUAGCAUAUUACCAUGUGUCUAUACAAAUUCCACAUCAACGCAAACACAGGUGGCAUCGUCAAGUAGUAUGGAAACAAGAUCAUCAAAUAAAGGAUCACCAAAUACAAGAGGUUUAUCUAAUGGAUCUCCGCUUUAUUCAGUAAUGUACGCUGGUUCUGGUAAUAAGAUUACCAUUAAAAGGAAAGCUGUGGAAGAAUCAGAAAUAUCACAAAGUGAGCCAAGCCCACGGGAAAGCAAGUCUAAUCAAUUAGGUUUUAAAAAGCCAUCAAAUAGGUCUCGGAAUUCUUCAAGUAGUAAGCGCAAAGGCUGUCGUUGUGGCAAUGCAACGGCUACACCAGGAAAGCUAACAUGUUGUGGCCAGCGGUGUCCAUGCUAUGUUGAAAGUAAACCGUGUACGGAAUGUAAAUGUAAAGGCUGCCGAAACCCCCAUAGGCCUGAUGGCAUGAAGGUUCGUCCACAUAUACCUCAAUUAGAUAGCAUCCAAAUAACAUUGAACACAAACCCUGACAGUUCUCCAUCGUGUUCUGGAUCCAUGGAUAGCCUGGACACAGAUACACUCACCAUGGAAGCUAUGGAGGAAUCUCUCAGUUUCACUACGGACUAUAAGUCUUCCGAUAUUAAAGUGUACACAAGCCAACUCCAAGAAGUAUCACCGUCCUUGCCAGCGACAAUUUUAAUGGACGAUGAGUUACCCGCCUCUCCGGAGGACGAACUAAGUUCGCCCUGCGACUACACGCAAUGCUCGCCCCGAGGGACCAACGACACAGAAACAUCCCCCCAUUCAGCCACACAGGAUAUGACAAGCGACAUUGAAGUUGAUGUAUGACAACAACUUUCUCUAGCGGGUGACUCGACCGCAGAAUGUGAACUAAGUGAAAUAAUGACAAUAUAACUGUGUUGCUAGUCACAUAAUGCGAAAUGGAUUUUAGUAAACGUUUAGUUGAUAGAUACUUCGUUAAGUCUUCUAUGUAAGUAAUGAAUUUUGUUAGUUAUAAUUAUGCUGUAUGUAUUAUAUUUUUGGAUCUUCCAAAUCUUUAAACUACAGUAAACGGAAUGUAGUUAAGUUAUUACAAAUAAUAUGUUAUAUUAUUUAAUCACAACUCUUACUGUGUUUCAUCAAUAAUUGUGUAUUAUUCGAAUAUUUUGAAUUGAGCUUGUCAAUUUUUUCCCCAUCGUAAUUGUUGCAUAUUCUAUAUGCUUCAUACUUUUCAUAGGUAUGGUAUUUGUUUAUAAAAAGAAAUUAUUAUAUAUUUACAACAUAAUCUUUAAACAGAAUUCGCACUUUUCAAAUGUAACAACGUAUUAAUUUGUAUCUUCUUAAAAUUGCGAUUUAUAAUAUAAGUUAACGAGAUGGCUACGCCCAAAGGAACUCAUACUUACCGUUUUUAAAUUAUCGUGUGUCACUACAGAUACGUUUUUUAUCUUCCAUAUUAUUAAAAUUGAAAAACCUUUAAUUAGAAACAAAGAAAUAUACAACAAAUGGUGAAAUAUAAAUAUAUUUUGUUUCCUUACAAAUUGAAAUGAAUAGUUGUAAUACUGUAAAUAAUGAUAUGCUCCAUUAUUUCAAUUUAAUUAAUUUCAAACUACAUUAAUAUCUGCCAUUUAAAUAUGCAACAUAUUUAUUUCAACAUUUUCAAUAAAUAAACGACAUAUUUUUUAUAAGUACCUAAUAGUAAGUGACUUGUGCUAUUUCCAAUUUUAUAAAAAUAGACAUGAAAAUGUGUGUGUGAAUGAUGUAUAUAUUUGUAUAGAUUUUUAAACAAAGUUACAAGAGAAAGAAAUAACUUGAUUUUGAAUUAAACUUGGUUAACAUAUCUGAGAAUGGACAUAGUUAAUUAUCAAAAAUGUGUUUGAAAUUCCUAUAAAAUAUGUAAAGUAUGGCCAAAGAGAAUGUUAAUUUAAUUUAUAGUGUCGAAACGGGAUAUUACUUUUGUUAAUUAGAAAACAAUUGAUGGUAUAAAUAAUAUUCAGAUUUAACUUUUCAACCUGUCAGCAGAUUAAGUGAUUCCAGAUUAUGUAAAAGUAUUUUGCAAUGAUAUUAUGUUGUAAUUGCAAUUGUGGAGAGAACUUACAUGCCUCUUUAUCAAGUAUUGAAUGGAAUUUAAUAAAAAUAGCCGUGAUAUGUACUUUUUAGUGACAUUGCCGUUUCGUAUUGUUGACGUGAAAACAUUAGAGGCAUGAAAACAAUUCUCUUGAACAAACACUGUAGUACAAAAUAUAAGGGAAUUGCCUUAAAAUUUUUAAAAUGUGAAAUCUCAGUAAUUAUUUUGAAAUAAGCGUUCAAAUAAUUCCACGAAGG